GGAGGUUGAGUCUAGUUGGGAAAGGACAUGGGUGAUGGACUAAGUACUGCAUUGUUAUUGGGGAGGGGACUGGAAAUCUCUUAUAGCUCAGAUAUACAUCCUGAGCUAGCAUCUGCUUUAACUUUUAAAAACACGUGAGGUGGAAUUUACAGUGAGCUGCCAGCAGACAUCAGUGGGGAAGUUUGUGGGUCUCUAAUUACUGCCCCAUCAAAAUCAUGCCAGGGGUACUUUAGAGUGGUUGCUCACCGUGUGAGAUUGCCUCCUGGAGGUAGAAUCCUUAAGCCAAGACUUUUACUGAUACCUGUUGGGUGUCUGAAAGUGGCAGCAGCCUGAGGAAACGGCAACAUGUCUUGGCAAGUUGGGAGCUGCUCUCAGCUCUCAGAAUGAGCUUUCAGGCCAGGCUUUUUGCCCGCUGUGGGGUCAGGUUGUUGUCUCAGUCCUGGAGUCUCUUCUCCCAGGCUGCAGAGGAUAUGACAUUCCGAAAGAUUCAGAAGGUCCUCUGUGUGGCAGAGAAAAAUGAUGCUGCCAGAGGAAUUGCAGAUAUUCUCUCCAAUAGCAGAAUGAGGCGGAGAGAAGGGUUUUCCAAAUUCAACAAGAUCUAUGAAUAUGACUAUCAUAUGUUUGGCCAGAAUGUUACUGUGGCGAUGACCUCUGUGUCGGGACAUUUGCUGGAUCAUGACUUUAAGAUGCCAUUUCGCAAAUGGCAUAGCUGCCACCCACUUGUACUCUUUGAAGCUGAAAUUGAGAAAUACUGCCCUGAAAAGUUUGUGGAUAUUAAGAAAACCCUAGAACGAGAAGCCCGGCAGUGCCAAGCUCUGGUGAUCUGGACCGACUGCGAUCGAGAAGGAGAGAACAUUGGUUUUGAGAUAAUCCAUGUUUGCAAAGCUGUGAAGCCAAGCCUCCAGGUAUUCCGAGCCCGCUUUUCCGAGAUCACUCCUCGUGCCGUAAGAGCAGCCUGCGAGAACCUCAUCCAACCCGAUCAGAACGUUAGCGAUGCUGUGGAUGUCAGACAGGAGCUGGACCUUAGGAUAGGUGCUGCCUUCACCAGAUUCCAGACCCUGAGGCUCCAGAAGCUCUUCCCCGACGUUCUAGCCGAGCAGUUGAUCAGCUAUGGCAGCUGUCAGUUCCCAACUCUGGGAUUUGUGGUAGAAAGGUUUAAAGCCAUCCAGGCCUUUGUUCCUGAGGCCUUCUAUAAAGUUAAAGUGACCCAUGAACAUGAGGACGGCAUGGUGGACUUCAACUGGAAGAGGAACCGACUCUUUAACCACACAGCGUGCCUUGUCCUGUACCACAUGUGUAUGGAGGAUCCGAUGGCAACUGUUGUCGAGAUUGGGAGCAAACCGAAGAGCAAAUGGAGGCCUCUGGCACUAGACACUGUGGAACUUGAGAAGCUGGCUUCCCGCAAGCUGAAAAUAAAUGCCAAAGAAACCAUGAAAAUAGCAGAAAAGCUCUACACGCAAGGGUACAUAAGCUAUCCCCGAACUGAGACCAACAUUUUCCCCAAAGACCUAAACCUCUCCUCUUUGGUACAACAGCAGACCCAAGACCCCAACUGGGGACCCUUUGCACAGGGGAUUCUGGACCGGGGUGAGCCAACCCCUCGGAAUGGGACCAAAUCGGAUCAGGCUCACCCUCCCAUUCACCCCACUAAAUAUACAUGCAACCUGCAGGGGAAUGAACGGCGACUAUAUGAAUUCAUUGUGCGUCACUUUUUGGCUUGCUGCUCCCAGGAUGCCAAGGGACAAGAAACAACUGUGGAGAUUGACAUUGCUAAUGAGCGAUUUGUUGCUCAUGGCCUAAUGAUCCUGGCCAGAAACUAUCUGGAUGUCUAUCCUUAUGAGAAGUGGAGUGACAAGGUUCUCCCAGUGUAUGAGAAGGGGUCUCGCUUUCAGCCCACCACAGUGGAGAUGGUGGAUGGGGAGACCAGCCCACCCCAGCUCCUCACGGAAGCCGAUCUCAUUUCACUCAUGGAGAAACAUGGCAUUGGGACUGAUGCCACUCACGCUGAGCACAUCGAGACCAUCAAGAUACGGAUGUACGUGGGGCUUACUCCAGAUCAGAGGUUCCUUCCGGGGCACCUGGGCAUGGGGCUGGUAGAAGGCUACGAUUCCAUGGGCUAUGAGAUGUCAAAACCCGACCUUCGUGCUGAGCUGGAGGCUGAUCUGAAGCUGAUUUGUGAGGGGAAGAAGGACAAAUUUGUGGUGCUGAGGCAGCAGAUCGAGAAGUACCAGAAAGUCUUCACUGAAGCCGUGGCCAAAGCCAACAAGUUGGAUCAGGCCUUGUCUCAGUAUUUCGGAGAAGUAACGGCACUUGCGCAGCAAGAGGAGAUCUACCCAGCCAUGCCCGUUUCCAUUCGGAAAUGUCCACAGUGCAACAGUGACAUGGUCCUGAAGAGCAAGAAGAAUGGCGGGUUUUAUCUCGGCUGCAUGAGCUAUCCUACCUGUAAAGCGGCUGUGUGGUUUCCUGACUCUGUGCUGGAAGUCAGCAAGGAUGACAGUGUCUGUGCUGUGUGUAAACCCCAUCCAGUUCAUAGGCUGAAAUUUAAGUUCAAGCGAGGUAGCGUCCCACCCCUGCUGCCCCUGGAAUUUGUUGGAUGUAUUGGAGGUUGCGACGAGAUGUUGAGAGAGAUCUUGGACCUGAAAUAUUUACAAGGACCAUCCAGACAGGUACAGUCAGUCAACCCGCCAGCUAAAUACCUACAAGUCAACCAGUCCGUUAACCGCAUGACCAGCUAUGAGAAUGGCCACGUGAGGCCUACCACAAACCCUGGUGCAGCAAGGGCACUCAGAGCUGCUAGUCACCCAGCUCCCGCCGCUGCUGAGAACAAUGCAGUGGUGUGCAACUGUCGGGAGGAGGCAGCAUUGCUCACGGUGCGUAAAGAAGGGCCCAACCAGGGCAGGCAGUUCUAUAAAUGCAGUGCUGGCAGCUGCAACUUCUUCCUCUGGGCCGAUCAGCAAUCAGAUGAUGGAAACAGCGUUACCCACAGGAGCUUUUCUGCACCCCCUGAUUCCUUGGGUGAAAGGCCUCCAGGAAGCUUCAGGAGCCUUGGAGGAGGAAGAGGUCUGGGCCACUAUGGAAGCAACGGUUUCGACUCGGGCGGAGGGGGCGGUGGCGCGAUGUGUAAGUGCGAUCAGCCGGCCAUCACACGCACCGUCCAGAAGGAGGGACCCAACAAAGGGCGUCAGUUCCACACCUGCCCGAAGCCGAGAGAGCAGCAGUGCGGCUUCUUCCAGUGGGUGGAUGAAAACGUGGCCCCAGGAGCCUUCUCUUCAAACCAAUUCAGGAGCGAAGGGCAUUCAGGAGGCUCUGGAAGCAAAGCUAAAAGACUAAGUAAUUUCUCUUCUGAGAAAGGACCUACUGCCAAGAGACAACGGACCUGUGGCAUUUGCCACCAGCCUGGUCACACCAGGAAGACAUGUCCUCAGGACCACUGAGGAAGGACAGUAGAUGAGAUGCUCUUGUAGGAAAUGCUGAAAAGCCAGAGUCCUGAAGGGCUCCAGGCGUGGCUGGCUGUAGAGAUGCAGUGGAUUUUUAAAGCAGAAUGUCUCUGGGCUGGUGUGCAAACUACUUCCUGGAAAUGCUGGCUAAAGCCAGUCUUCUCUUGGUGGGGACCAGCCUUGGAAAGUUUCAUUCUGACUUAUUCAGACACUGGGCUAUCUUCUAAAGGAGGCUCAACUAUGGAGGCUGCCAUUCCUUGGUUUAUUAUUCUGUGGGAUAUUUUUAUAAACACAGGCAGUGUGUUUUGAAACCCAAAAGACUGGGUCCCUUCUCAGCUAAAGCUUUGGACAAAAAUACAGAUGGUUAUUGGGAAGUGGGAGAUGAUUUUCACAGAGCUGCAAAUCCCAAAUCUCAGCCAGCCUCCAUUCCCCCAGGCCCUUCAGUCUAGGAAAUAGUAGGGGGCCAAAAAGAGUAGCAUUAAAGGAAUUGGAGGAAACCUUUUACACACGCUGCUGGAGCAGCUGGUGUGGUUUGUUUGCAGACCAGGGAGCAGUUGGGGAUGAUGCUGUCCAGGAAACCACCUGUUGAUGGUUGUGAAUCAAUUUUUCUGGCUUUUUACAGGGUGGGGUUUGAUAUUUUAAAGUUACCCUUCCAGGUUAGGGUUAGUCAGCCAAGGUUCCCUAAUCCCCCUGGCCAUCACCUCAAAGGAGAAUUAACAGCAGAGAAAGUAAAGCCUCAAUCCCUUGCCCUGAAGGGGAGCUCAGUGCAAGUGCUCAAACAAGAGAACCUGCACUUAAGCUGAUACUGAAUUUAGAACCUAGCUACUCCCUGGACACUGUGAGCAAGGGAACUUAAUGAAGCUGCUAGUUAAUGCAAAUUAUUUUGGGCAGAUGGGUGCCUUUUAAUAAAGAGGAGAACUCUUUUAUUUUA